AAGGUUUAAAAAGAGUUAAAAGACACUAUAAAAGCACAGCAAACCUCAGAAUUAGGGUUUCUGCGCUGAUUAUUAUCGUGAGAGCUCAGUCGUCUUCUUCUUCGCCCCUUCACCGGCUACAGUCCUCGUACCUCUCCGUCACAACUAGCAAUCAUGGGGAAGACUAGGGGAAUGGGAGCAGCCCGCAAGCUGAAGUCCCACCGUAGAAGGCAACGAUGGGCUGACAAGUCCUACAAGAAGUCCCAUCUUGGAAAUGAGUGGAAGAAACCCUUCGCCGGAUCUUCCCACGCUAAGGGGAUUGUUUUGGAAAAGAUUGGUAUUGAAGCCAAGCAGCCUAAUUCUGCUAUCAGAAAGUGUGCUCGUGUACAGCUGAUUAAGAACGGGAAGAAGAUCGCUGCCUUUGUGCCCAAUGAUGGUUGUUUGAACUUUAUUGAGGAAAAUGACGAGGUGUUGAUUGCUGGAUUUGGUCGUAAAGGGCAUGCUGUUGGAGAUAUUCCCGGAGUCCGAUUUAAGGUUGUCAAGGUUGCUGGUGUCUCACUUCUAGCUCUCUUCAAGGAGAAGAAAGAAAAACCCAGGUCUUAGGUUGAAGUUGUUUUAUUGUUAAAUUUUGCCUAUUUUAAAUUUAAAUUUAAAUGAAAGUUGUGUACUCUCUUGAGAUGGAGAAUGAUCAUCCUUAAAAAAUGAUACCUACCUUGUUUUGUGUUCUAGGCAUGGCUCAUUCAAGAUGAUUUUCUAUAUUUUAUGUUAGUUAUUGCAUAUUUUUCCA